GAAGAUCGUUAUUUGAUAGCGAUGAUGCUCCGGCAAUGAGCGAUGUCGUGAUCGCGAUCCCCGCCGGCUUGUCUGACAAACUGAUAACAUGCCCCUCGAUUGUGAACGUCGCAUUUGUCAUCAUUGUGAACAUACAUAAAUUCAAGUCGGCAGCGUCUGAUCCAGCCACUAUGGACGACUAUUGUCUUUUUCAUAUUUUAAGAUAUACAACGCAACCGUAGAUCGAGUAUGUCGGAGCCCAAGUUGCAUCUGACCGCAUUCAUGCGGCCAGUGAGUCUGCACACUGGCGCCUGGAGAUACCCAGGCGCCUAUCCAGACGCAAACUUUAACUUCGAGCAUCUGAAGUCGUUUAUCCAGAAACUCGAGGCUGCCAAGUUCGAUGCGUUCUUCAUGGCCGACCACCUGGCGGUUCUCAACAUGCCAAUCGAAGCUCUCAAGCGCAGUCACACUGUGACUUCAUUUGAACCUUUCACUCUAUUGUCAGCACUGUCUGUCGUCACUGAAAAGAUUGGACUCGCUGCUACAGCUUCUACAACUUACGACGAGCCGUAUCAUAUCGCCCGGCGAUUUGCGUCGUUGGAUCAUAUCAGCAACGGACGUGCUGCGUGGAACAUCGUCACCACAGGGAACCCCGAAGCAUCAAAAAACUUCGGCAAAGAUGAUCAUCUAGAACAUGACCAAAGGUACAAACGUGCGAGAGAGUUUUAUGAUGUUGUUACUGGGUUAUGGGACAGCUUUGCCGAUGAUGCCUUUAUUCGUGAUCAGCAGACCGGAAUCUAUUUUGAUCCAGAGAAAUUACAUACUCUCAAUCAUGAGGGUGAUGAUCUGAAGGUUCGAGGUCCCUUGAACAUUGCACGACCUGUUCAAGGCUGGCCUGUCAUUGUACAGGCUGGCCAGUCAGAACCAGGUAGACAAUUAGCUGCCGAAACCGCCGAGGUUGUAUUCUGUGCGCCAGGAAACAUCAACGCCGCAAAGGAGUUAUACGCAGAUCUAAAGAAACGUGUCGUUGCUGCUGGACGUGACCCUAAUCAUUUGAAAAUCCUUCCAGCAGCUUUGUUCGUAAUCGGGGACACUGUAGAGGAGGCAAAGGCCAAACGUCUAUCCCUAGAUAGCCUCGUUCAUUACGACAGCUCCAUAGCAUCGUUAUCAUCAGCUCUUGGAACUGAUGUAUCGGGGCUCGAUCCUGAUGGGCCCCUUCCCGCAGAUAUACCGGAAACUAACGCCUCCAAAACGAGUCGUGCAUCGCUUAUCAAGCUCGCCGAGCAGGAGAAUUUGACAGUUCGACAGCUUGCCCAACGAUCUGGUGGGUACGGAGGACUCGCCUUUGUCGGGACACCGAAAACUAUCGCCGAUGAAUUGGAAACUUGGCUUCGUGAAAAUGCCGCCGACGGUUUCACAGUGACGUUCCCAUUCGUUCCACAGGGUAUAGACGAUGUUACGCAGCGAUUAAUACCUGAAUUGCAGAGUCGAGGAUUGUUCCGUCGCGACUACGAAGGAACGACCUUGAGAGAGCAUCUUGGUCUCCCUCGACCAAAUAAUAAAUUUUUCGCGUGACAUUAGCCGGUCCUCGCUCGGAUACUCUGGUCCUAGCCUACUCCAAUUGACAGACUAGAGUGUCAUAUGUCAGUUUUACUAGCAGCUCUAACGAAAUCAAAGAUAGAUUGGCAAGGCUUCUGACAUCGCGUUGGCCUUUAUGUUUUAUCGACGAGACGUCAGCAAGAUUUGUUUGGCUAAUGUGAAAAGUAGAAAGUCGGUUGGGAUGCUUGUAGAAUGUGGAACGCUUGAUUACAAGUUGAUAAAGUCAAAACCGGCUUGGCUUAUACAUGAUGCAGAAAUAUUUCGAUGUCAAUCACGGGCCGCAUUUCAUUCAGGAUAGGAUAUGUUAAAAUACAUGUAUAUCUGUAAAGAUUGUUAUAGCAAAGUGUACAAACAUGUUUUUAUCUCAAAUAAAGCUCCAAUUCCUUCC